UCCCCUUCACUCCCUAUCGCAACCGUUCAACUGAGGUCUGGCAAGAACGACGGGCCACAGACCGCGGCCCCUUCCAUUCUCCUGGGAGUCAGUAUGCAAACCUCGUCCCCUCCUGCCGUUCAUCUUAAAACCAUUUAUCUAUCUGUACAUGCCUACGGUGCUCUGCUCGCCGCUUACCAUCACGACUCCCUUGAGAUUCCUUCAAUUGGUACAUUCCAGCCUGUGACACCACCGACCCAAGGGCAGCUGAGACACGUCCAAGGUUGGGAUAUCCCGAGCUACGCGGCACCUGCUGAUACUUGGCUCGUGGAGUACUUGCCCGCCGCCUCGAUAGCUUUAUUAGGCUGACCCGACGUCCCAAAUCACGACGUGUUGUCUGUCCUCCAGCUUCCUGCACCCUUCUGAAAGCAUCAACUCCGACAACAUGUCUUUCUACCAGAUAAAUCUGGCCGUUUUCGCGGCGGGGAACGGGUACAUGCUCUACCGCCAGUACAAGCGCCAGGAGCAAGAAGUCCUUGAUGAGCUGAAGCAGGAGGCUGCCGGUGUCGAGGAGGCCGACGGCAACGAAGACAUCGAAUUGCGCCACCUGCUCGCGGAGCCCGCCGAGUCGCAGGCCGCCAUCCGACAGUUCCGGCUCGACUUUUUCCCCGUCUACGCCCUGGCAAUGGCGGCGGACUGGCUGCAGGGCCCGCAUAUCUAUGCCAUUUACAAGUACGAGAAGAACAUACCCGAAAAGAUUGUCGCCGCCCUUUAUGCCGCUGGCUUCGUCUCCGGUGCCAUGUCAGCCUCGUUCGCCGGCGAACUCGCUGAUCGGUACGGCCGCCGUCUCGCAUGUAUCGCGUACUGCGUCACCUACAUUCUCACCUGCCUGACUAUGCUCACGGACGACCUGUUCAUCCUGUUCGUCGGCCGAUUUUGCGGCGGCAUCUCGACGACCUUGCUCUACAGCGUGUUCGAGGCAUGGAUGAUCACGGAAUACAACCAGCGUGGCCUGUCGCGGACGAACCUCAAGCUGGGCUCCAUCUUUGGCAACAUGACCACCGUCAGCUCUAUCGUUGCGAUCCUUUCCGGCGUCGUCGGUGACAUCCUGGUCAGCGCUCUGGGUGGUCGUGUCUGGCCUUUCAUGGCAAGCGUGGCGUGUUCGACAAUCGCCAUGUUCUUGAUCUCGAGAAGGUGGAAGGAGAACUACGGAACCAAGCAGGCUGGCCCGGCGACGUCGUCCCUCGCGGACGUCAAGAGCGGAAUCCGCAUGAUCGUGGGCGACAGGCGCAUCUUGUCUCUGGGCUUGACGUCGACGUUUUUCGAGGGCGCCAUGUACCUGUUCGUUUUCUUUUGGUCUGCGGCGCUGAAGAGCGCGAGAACCAGGUCCGGCUCGGACGAGGAGCUGCCCUUUGGGCUCAUCUUCUCGAGCUUCAUGUGUGCUAUGAUGGCUGGGUCUGCCUUCUUCUCGCUCUACAGCAAGGCCCACACCAAGGAAACGACUUCAAAUAUUCUGAUGAUCGUCGUGCUCUUGGUGAGCUGCUGUCUCUCGGCUGCCGUCCUGAUUGACAGCGAAAAGCUGCUAUUCUGGGCUCUGUGUAUGGUGGAGGCAUCCAUCGGCGCGUACUUCCCCAGUAUGUCCUUCCUGAAGAGCCAGGUCGUCGAGGACGGCGUGCGAGCACGCGUGUACAGUCUGCUGAGGCUUCCACUCAACGUGUUUGUUGUCGUGGCCCAUAGCCUGGACGAAGAGGGCGAUGGACACAGGAACAACGUCUUCAUGACUUGCGCCGCGCUGCUCAUGGUGUCCUUCUUCAUUGUCAAGAGAACCUUUGCACCGGAUGCGUGAGGUUGUGAUGGUAUUUAACUAACAUCAGGUUUCCAUGCUUGCUGUUCUUGUGAGCCAGAAUGACUUGGUGGGGUAAAAUAUCCCGAUUUGGAAGAGAAAAAUAAAUGCGUUUCAAGCAUGUUGGCGAUGCAUGCGUAUAUCAUGUCAUGAGAAAUGAAGCAUGGGGCAUGUAUUAUGUACGAGCAUCAUAGACGGACUGGGAAGUACCGUAAUAUCUCAAAAGGCAACAAUCUGUCCUAUUUGGUCCGUGUGCAAGAUUCACCCGGCUGAGGGUAUAUCAAUGAACGGGGCUUUGUGGAAGCCCUCGA